AUGACCGCUUUUGUGGCUCUCCUUUGCUUCCUUCUCACCCUUAACCAAAGCUUAUCUCUUGUCAAUGCCUCUGUCAUGGAGACAUGUAAGACAAUAGCAGCAAGCAAUCCUAACAUCAACUACAACUUCUGCAUCGCAACUCUCAGUGCCGAUCCUAGAAGCGCCUUAGCUGACACCCAGGGACUGGCUAUCAUUGCCACCAAGUUGAUCAAGGCCAAUGCUACAAGCACCGAGUUGACGAUCUCCAAUCUAUUGAAGAAGACAACAGACAAUGCAACCAGUCAAUGUUUAAGUGAUUGUUCAAGUAUGUAUUCUGGCUUGGUUGAUACGUUGAAUGAUGCCAUUAGUGCCAUCACAUCCAAGCACUACUUAGAUGCGAACAGCGAUCUUAGUGCGGCCAUAGAUGUGAGUAUUACUUGUGAGACUGGAUUUGCAGAGCUGAAAGUAAAGUCGCCAUUGACCAAAGAGAAUGAUGAUUCACGAAAGCUCUCCACUCUUGCUCUGGCCAUAACCGUACUUCUAAAAUGA